AUGGAUUUUCUAUUCAGAUUUCCAUGGACUCAGAGUGGAGAUGAUGGCAUAUGGACCAUUGUAGACAGGUUAACGAAGACUGCUAGAUUUUUGCCUAUUAAAGUCAUUUACUCAAUAAAUAAAUUGGCAAAAAUAUAUGUUGAUGAGAUAAUCAUUUGUAGAAAGCUAUGGGUACUAAACUUCAUUUCAGUACAGCUUUUCAUCCACAAACAGAUGUUUAAAGGGAAUUGGGAUACUCAUAUUCCUUUGAUGAAGUUUGCUUAUAAUAACAGUUAUCAUUCGAGUAUAGAAAUGGCUCUUUUGAAGCACUAUAUGGUAGGAAAUGCAAAACUCCAGUAUGUUGGGAUGAAACGUAGAAGAAACCUUGAAUUUGAUGUUGGAGAUAGAGUUUUCCUGCAAUUAUCGCCAUGGAAAGGUGUUAUCAGAUUUGAAUUGUCCAUAAUUCAUGAUGUAUUCCAUGUUUCCAUGCUUCAUAAGUACAUUCUAGAUCCAUCUCAUGUUUUGGAAUCAAAACCAGUAGAGCUGAAAGAAAAUCUUACUUAUGAAGAGGAACUAGUUCAGAUAUUAGACAAGAAGGAAUAG